CGAAUUUCAAAAUUCUGACCCCGCGCCAAUUGCCGAAUCCCUUCCUUUUCUUUCUUAACGGUCCUCGCUCCUCAGCCUCAGCCUCCACCUCUCACUCUCUCUCUCUCUCUCCACGCCUUCUCUCUGUACCUUCCCUUCACUUCCACUCAGAUCUGCACCACCCAUGGCUUUGCCUUCGUCUUCCGCUCGACCCGAUCCCUCGUCGCAGUCGCAGCACCACGCCUAUAGCCGAAAGCAGAAAUCCCUCGGCCUCUUGUGCUCCAACUUCUUGAGCUUGUACGAUAAAGGUGACGUUCGAUCAAUCGGGCUCGACGAUGCAGCUAUGCGAUUAGGGGUUGAGAGGCGGCGAAUAUACGAUAUUGUAAAUGUCUUGGAGAGUGUUGGGGUUCUCGCAAGGAAGGCAAAGAACCAAUAUACCUGGAAAGGGUUUGGUGCAAUCCCUGCGGCUUUAAAGGAGCUCAAGGAUGAGGGUAUGAGUGAGAAUUGCAGUACCUUUGACGGCAACGACUUUGCAAAAGUUUCAGAUGAUGAAGAUGAUGAUGAAAGGUUUUCCAAUCCCAGUACUGGAAGUCAGAAUGAAAAGUCAAAUCCCAGUACUGGUGUUAAAGCCGUGACUGCCGUAACUAAAGAAAAUCGGAGGGAAAAAUCUCUGGCACUUCUUACACAGAAUUUUGUGAAGCUCUUUCUCUGUUCUAGUGUAGAAUUGAUCUCUCUUGAUGAUGCUGCAAGGCUAUUGCUUGGGGAUGGCCACAAUUCUUCGAUAAUGAGAACAAAAGUAAGGCGACUAUAUGAUAUUGCAAAUGUAUUGUCUUCAAUGAGACUAAUUGAGAAGACUCAUACAACAGACACCAGGAAGCCUGCAUUCAGGUGGUUAGGGUUCAGAGGGAGAGCUGACAUUGGGUCUGCUUCAAAUGAUUCUAGGAAGAGAAUGUUUGGAAGUGAUCUCACAAACGUCACUUUUAAGAGGAACAAAGUGGACGAUGAAAAUUUAAAUGAGGAUCUGAAAGUACAAAAGCAAAUGAAAUGUGAAAGUUUGGCGGAUGAGGUUGGUAGAAGGAAUUUGGAACAUGACUCAAAACAGAGUUCAAAGAGCUACCAAUUUGGUCCUUUUGCUCCUUCCAGUGUGCCCAAAAUUGGAGUCCCUCAGGAUAACAGUGUUGCGCGAGUUCAAGACUGGGAGCAUCUUGCCUCUACUUAUCGUCCUCAGUAUGAAAACCAAGCUUUAAAAGACCUCUUCUCUCAUUACGUGGAAGCAUGGAAAUCAUGGUACUCUGAAGUUGCUGGGAAGAAGUCAUUACAAAUUUCCUAAGUCGUCCCCCCCUAUGAGCUCUCAAUAGUUUUUUUUAGUGAUUUGACAAAAGAGGUGAUGGCUCCGUGUUGGGUGCAUGUUCUCUAUGCAAGUGCCACCCUCAGAUAUUCAUUUCUUCUAAUUCAUUUUCUUACACAUUUUUUCAUUCCUGUAUCCACCGGUUGCAUAUGAAUUUUGUUGCCUUCGUUUUCUACGGUUAUGUACUUGAAUAGAUGGUUAGAGUUUUGCUGUGCC